AAAUAAAAUAAAAAUAAAAAUACCCCAAACUUCAAGACCAUCGGGACUCUUACAUACCACACCCACCACAACGAUGAACCUGCUUCCCUGAACAUACCAAGGGUUUCUGGCUCGUCCUAGCGACACCAUGCUCAUCCCCGCCGACCUCUCACGUCACACACAUCGCUGUGUUCCAGCUCACCACCACAGUCAUGCCCUUCCACGACCUUAACGUACCCUACACAUCCAACCACGCCGACCUCUCCCACACCCUCGCCUUUCACGCCGAACUAGGCUACUCUGUAAUCGCCAUCUCCCUCCUCGCAACAGGCAAACUCCCAAGCACACCACAGCCGAUUCCACUCUCGUCCCUCACCAUCCCCAAGAGCCUCACAACCCUGACACGCCUGACGAUCACCAUUUCCGACACAACCCAGAAUCACCGCCUCUCGUCCUUCGCGCCGCAUUAUGAUCUCCUCGCAUUGCGCCCCACUACCGAGAAAGCGCUCGCUCUUUGCUGCCAGUCUCUAGAGUGCGACCUGAUCAGCCUAGACUUCAGCCAGCGCCUACCCUGCAUCCUGAAAUUCAAGACCGUCGCUUCAGCAUUACAACGCGGCGUGCGCUUCGAAGUAUGCUACGCGCCAGGAAUUCAACAUGACUCCAAUGCGCGAAGAAACCUGAUCAGUGGGGCCGCACAGCUCAUCCGCGCAACGAGAGGACGCGGGAUCAUCCUCAGUAGCGAGGCCAGGAACGCGCUGGGCGUGCGAGGCCCGCACGACGUCAUCAACCUUGCACAGGUAUGGGGUCUGGGUCAGGAGCGAGGAAAAGAGGCGCUAUGCGAAGAAGCGGGCAAAGUCGUGAGGUUUGCUGGUAUCAAGAGGACGAGUUUCCGCGGCGUGGUCGAUGUGAUUGAUGGCGGAAGUCCACCCGUCGUGCAAGGUCAGAUACAGCCUGCCCAGCGACAGUCACAAGCUGCAGCGGCAGCAGGGUCCAACAAAGCCAAGGAUGUCGUUCUGCCGGCUACUGGCACGAAAAGGAAGGCUCCUUCGAUGACAUCCGCCUCGACCUCAGGUGCUCCGACAGCCGAGAGUCAAUCUACAGAUGGGCAGCCCCUGUCGAAGCGCGAAAUGAAGAGACGUGCCAAGAAGGCAAAGAUGGAGGGUAAAGCUGAGCCCGACGACACAGCUACAUGUGUGCAAGAUACCACUGCAUCUGCCUUUCCAAUCGAGCACGAGGCGCUCUCCAGUGAGAAGAAUAACGUGCCCAGCAAGAAGAUCUAGCCCUCUCGCCCUUCUGUUUUAGACGUUCACAAGAAAAGAAAAAAUAUCUCGCCAGUACUCCAUGUCCUGUCCCAGUUUGGCAAAAUGGGGUAUUUUUAUUUCCUUAGUUCCUAUCUAAAACCCUCAUGAUAAUGUAGGUGCAGGCCCUCUCUUUCCAAUGCCCAGGGUAUAAGCGUUCUUGAGUGU